CACACGUUUGUGGAGGAGCCGCGUGGAGGCCUUAGUGGAGUCUUGCGUUCUAAACGCGGCCUGGAACUAAUAGAAGCCCUCUGCCACGCAUGUGAGCAGUUAUGAGGGCAAUGGUCUUUGUCGCGGGAAAGGAUGGGGGCCGAGGCCAAGGCCUGUGAAUUGAGAUUGUCGGCUCUGGGCUCUGAAAGGCUGUCCAGGCUCUGACUACGUUUUCCAAUGCCCACCAUAGCCGAAGCCGCUUCCUGUCCGCGCGCUGACGCUUUCAGGACCGUAGGAAGCAUCGCGCCCGAAUCCCAGCGGAACAUUCUUGUAGAGACCGCAGGGUCAGCUCUGCUUUCUCGGGACUCUGCUUCACCAGGAGAGGAGUCUAGAAGACUGAUUGAUUCUUGGAAUUUUAAGUCAUGGCCCAUUUGAUGAUGUUCAGGGAUGUGGCUGUAGACUUCUCUCAGGAGGAGUGGGAAUGCCUAGGCUUGGAACAGAGACAUUUGUACAGAGAUGUGAUGUUGGAGAACUACAGCAACAUGAUCUCACUGGGACUUUGCAUUUAUCAGCCAGAUGUGUUCUCUUUACUGGAGAAGGGGAAAGAGCCCUGGAUGGUUUUACAGGAUGAGACAAGAGGACCUUGCCCAGACAUGCAGUCCAGAUGUCAGAGCAAGAAGUUAUCACAAAAAAAAGGUACUUUUGAGAGAGAAUUGACUCAAUUGGAAAUUUGUAAAAAACACAGCCUUGAAUAUUUGUGUUUUAGGGGUGAUUGGGAAAGCAAAGGUCAGUUUGAAACACAACAUGAAAAUCAGGAAGAAUGUUUUAAGCAGGUUAUACUCGCUGGUGAAAAAAUGUCCACUUCUAAACAUCACACAGCUUUUAAUGUACAUCACAAACAGAAUACAGGAAAGAAACUGAAUGAAUUUAAAGAAUGUGGGAAAGCCUUUCCUUCUGGCUCAGACUGUACUCAACAUCAAGUAAUUCACACGAGGGAGAAAUUUUGUGAAGAUAAGGAAUAUGAGAAGACCUUUCUUUCUGAUUCAGAACUUACUCAAUAUCAGACAGUUCACACUGCUAAGAAAACUUAUGAAUGUAAAGAAUGUGGGAAGGCGUUUAGUUUGCGUUCAAGUCUUACUGGUCAUAGGAGGAUUCAUACUGGUGAAAAACCUUUUAAAUGUAAGGAAUGUGGGAAGGCCUUUAGAUUUCAUUCACAACUUAGUGUCCAUAAGCGUAUUCAUACUGGUGAGAAGUCUUAUGAAUGUAAGGAAUGUGGGAAGGCCUUUAGUUGUGGCUCAGAUCUUACACGACAUCAGAGAAUUCAUACUGGUGAGAAACCCUAUGAAUGUAAUGAAUGUAGGAAGGCCUUUAGUCAGCGAUCACAUCUUACUAAACAUCAGAGAAUUCACACUGGUGAAAAACCUUAUGAAUGUAAGGAGUGUGGAAAAGCUUUUACUCGUGGCUCACACCUAACUCAACAUCAGAGAACUCACACUACUGAGAAAUCUCAUGAAUGUAAGGAAUGUGGAAAAGCCUUUAUUCGUGGUUCAAAUCUUGCUCAACAUCAGAAUGUUCAUGUUGGUAGGAAACCCUAUGAAUGUGAGAAAUGCGGAAAAGCCUAUAUCUGGAGUUCACACCUUGCUCGACAUCAACAAAUUCAUACUGGUAGGAAACCACAUGAAUGUAAGCAAUGUGGGAAGACAUUUAUUUGGGCCUCAUAUCUUGCUCAACAUGAGAAAAUUCAUAAUGAGAGGAAAGUCUAUGAAUGUAAGGAAUGUAGAAAGACCUUUCUUCAUGGCUCAGAGUUUAAUCGACAUCAAAAAAUUCAUACUGGUGAGAGAAACUAUGAAUGUAAGGAAUGUGGAAAGACCUUUUUUCGUGGUUCAGAACUUAAUCGACAUCAGAAAAUCCAUACUGGAAAGAGACCAUAUGAAUGUGAAGAAUGUGGAAAAGCCUUUCUCUGGGGUUCACAACUUACUCGACAUCAGAGAAUACAUACUGGUGAGGAACCUUAUGUAUGUAAGGAAUGUGGGAAAUCUUUUAUCUGGGGCUCACAACUUACACGACAUAAGAAAAUUCAUACUGAUACAGAUUCCUAUGAAUGUAAGAAAAGUAGCCAGAUCUUUGGUCAUCAUCCAUAUUUUACUGAACAGAAAAUUCACAAUGGUAAGAAUCUCUAUCAAUGGAAAGACUAUGGGAACACCUUUAGUCAGGGCUCAGACUUUGCUCAACACCAGGGUAUUUACACUUUAGAGAAAUCCUAUGAAUAUAAAAAUUUUGAGACAUUUUCUCCAAGCUCUCACUUUAUGUCACUCUUAUAAAAUCUUAUGAUAUAAAAAUAUUCAUGACUCAUUAAUUGAUGUCUGUUAACUUCUUCUUUUGAGAAACCCCACAAGUAUAAGUAAUACUGGAAGACUGUCAGAGCACAUAACACACUCAACAGCAGAGAAUUCAUAAUGCAAUCUGUAUUAAUACAGGAAAGCAUUUACUGAAUAAUUUCCCAUUUGGAAUACCAGAGUAAAACCCUAUGAAUAAGAUGACCCUGUGACUCUCUUUUGAAUCAUUCUUAAAGCAUUCUCCACAUCAUUGAUAUUAUUCUGCAUAGAAUUUAAAUCUAACUCGUGUAGGGCAACCUUCCAUCACUUUUUAAAUCUUGUUACACUUUCACAGAAUUACACCAAAGGUGAAUUUCUGUUACGUAAUUAAUCUUGGAAAGCCUUGAGCUAUGUCAUACAACUUCUUUGGUAUGCCUUAGUUCCAACAUAUCUGUAUUUUUUGGAAAGUAACUCAAAUCUGUGUCUGUUUCCUUACUUAUUUGAUUAUAAGGGUUAA